GCUGUAGAGUUUGUGGCAGUUAGAGAGAGUGUGUACCAGGGCAACAAACAACACACACUAACGUCCUGCACUGAUUUUCUUUCACUCUCUGUGUGUGUUUAAGUUAGAGGAAAUUCAAUACCUGGCAACCCGAGUGUAAAUCUGACUUUAGACUAAAGGGAUUUAUCUCAGAUUUAUCAGAGAAAAUCGUGAUAAAAGACCCCCUAGCACUAAUCCAGCAUGGUGGUGGGGAAGAAAGUAGCCAAAGAGACACUGCUGGAGUCCGUGCACGAGGACGAGGAUGAUGAUGAUGAUGGUGGUGAUGAAGGUGAUGAAGGUGAUGAUGGUGAUGAUGAAGAUGAAGAUGAAGGGCAGGUACAGGAGCCGUUAGGAGGGAUUGGGGGCAGACCACCCAGCAGACCACGCAACAUCUACAGCAGGGGGAGUGUGGACCACCAGACAGUGGUCAGAGCCAGCGGUCGGAGGCUGAUCAAAGGGAACAGGGUUGAAAAGAAGCUGAAGAAGGAUGAGGAUGAGGAUGAUGAAGAUGAUGAUGAAGAUGAGGUGGAGAAGAGUGGUCCAGGGAGUGGAGGUGGAGCGGAUGAUGGACAGCCCCGGAGAGAUGCAGUGUGUUUCAGCGUGGAUGAAGAUUACGACACGGAGCUGGAGCUGGAAGAAGAGAAAUCCCGGUAUGAUCCCACUGCUCAGGCUGGGUACAGGGAGGCGUGUAGGAUGCUGGGAGUGAUCCCCGUCUCCUGCUUCCUCAGGAACAUGCAGCAGAGCGAGCUGAGCCUGGUGCACCACGGCCUCGGUCCUCAGGGUACCGCGGCUCUGGCGGUUCCCCUGGUAACCAAUACCUUCAUCCUGAAGCUGAAUCUGCGAGAUAAUUGGAUGGAAGGAGUGGGCGGGGCAGCCGUGGCCGACAUGCUGAAAGAGAACUGUUACAUCACAGAAAUAGACCUGUCUGAGAACCAGUUGGGCCAGUAUGGAGUGAAGGCCGUGUCCAGUAUGCUGCUGGAGAACACCACGCUGGUGUCUCUGAACCUCUCGGGGAACGGUCUGGAGGAGAAAGCAGCCGAGCACCUGGCCGAGGCUGUGACCCGGAACCAGAACCUGCAGCACCUGGAUCUGAGCCACAACCGACUGGGAGAGACAGCAGGGGGAAUUCUGGGUGCCGCUCUUGCUGAGAACACGGGAUUGAAGUCACUCAAUCUGGGCUGGAACUGCAUUCGCGGAAAAGGAGCGGUGGCGUUAGCCAGAGGCCUCGGGGCAAACAUAUUCCUGCGAGCUGUGGAUUUAUCCUAUAACGGACUGAGUAAAGAGGGGGCGGAGGCUCUGGGUGAAGCUCUUAAAGAGAACAACACUCUGGAGGAGCUGGAUCUCAGCAUCAAUCGCAUCCCCCCCGACGGAGCAAUCCAUUUAGCCCUGGGCCUCAAAGUGAACAAGAACCUCCGGAUUCUGAGGAUGUCUCGGAAUCCCAUGCAGUCGGCUGGAUGCUUUGCCGUUCUGAAGGCUGUAGAAGCAAAUCCGGCUUCUGCGAUUGAGCACCUGGACUUCUCAGACAUCAGUGUGGAUCAGGACUUUGAAGACUUGUUCAGCUCCCUCAAAGAAACCCUACCAAACCUACAAGUCAAGCAUGCUGGGAAGAUUCGGACCCUCCAAAAAACAAUGAACUGAGAGGCCUUCAGAAUGCUGCAUCUGCUACAUUUUUACAAAUAAAUCUACUUUAAAGGUG